GCUGAAUCUUUUAAUGGAGUCUAAAAGUGGUAAGAAGAAGUCUAGUAGUAGUAAGUCUUCGUUUUGCGAAGCUCCCCUAGGUUACAGCAUUGAGUACGUUCGACCCCGCGGUGGAAUCAAGAGGUUCAGAUCUGCUGCUUAUUCCAAUUGCGCACGGAAGCCAUCCUGAGUUUUUUUGUUCCUGUUUCUGCCCCCUUUUGUUUGUCUUCUGCUCUCUGCGCUCUUCCAGUCUUCGUUGCUUCACUCUCAUUUACGAAUUAGCAUUUCCUCCCAAGGCCAGAUGACCUCGCCGGUUUCAGCUAUCGGAUUUGAAGGAUUUGAGAAGAGACUUGAGAUAUCAUUCCUAGAGCAUGGGAUCGUCUCUGACCCAACAAGCAAGGGCUUGCGGUCUUUGUCCAAAGCCAACUUGGAUGAAAUUUUAAAACCAGCCGAAUGCACCAUUGUCUGUUCAUUGUCCAAUGAUGAAGUGGACUCUUACGUCCUUUCUGAAUCUAGCCUCUUUGUUUACACCCACAAAAUAAUCAUCAAAACUUGUGGGACUACAAAGUUGCUUCUUUCAGUCCCAUGUAUCCUGAAAUUAGCUGAUACUGUCUCCCUCUCUGUGAGCUGUGUGAGGUAUACUCGUGGAAGCUUUACGUUUCCUGGGGCUCAGCCAUUCCCUCAUCGCGCCUUCUCUGAAGAAGUAGCAAUCCUUGAUGGUUACUUUGGCAAGCUUGGUUCAGGUAGCAAGGCCUAUGUGAUGGGUAGUGAUGGAGAACAAAAUUGGCACGUUUACUAUGCUUCAUCUGGUGAAUCAACUACUUACUUGAACCCACUUUACACUUUAGAGAUGUCCAUGACUGGUUUGGACAAGAGCAAGGCAUCAGUAUUUUACAAGAAUCGAUCGAAUUCUGCUGCUGCAAUGACCGAUGCCUCUGGCAUUAGGAUGAUUCUUCCAGAUUCUGAGAUAAGUGACUUCAAGUUUGAUCCUUGUGGCUACUCCAUGAACGCUGUUGAAGGGAGCGCAAUUUCAACAAUUCAUGUCACGCCAGAAGAUGGAUUCAGUUACGCGAGCUUUGAAGCAGUGGGAUACGAUUUUGGGUUGGUGAACUUGAGCCAGGUUCUGGAGAGGGUGUUGGCUUGCUUCGAGCCCUGCGAGUUCUCUAUCGCUUUACAUGCUGAUGCAGUCGCCGAUGAACUUGGCUUUGACGGCAGCCUGGACAUGGCAGGAUAUUGGUGCAGAGAAAGGAGGUAUCAAGCCAUCAACAGGGUUAGAUCGGUUGGUUAUCACAGGUACAAGAGGGCUGCCAGUUGUGGAUCUCCCAGGUCAAUACUGAACUGCUCUUGGAGUGAGAAUGGACAAGAGGAAGAGGAUUAGAAAGGCGGCCAAAGGUAACACAAGCCACAGCUCUCGAUUUGGUUCUACUUUCUCAUGAGUUUCUGCAGUGGUUGUUAAACUUGGCAGUUGGUAGUUGGUAGUUGGUAGUUGGAUUAUUGCUCUCAUGCUAAUUCAUAAGCAACUUAGUUUGAUUAUUGUUCUUGUUAAGAGUCAAUUCAUAAGCACUUUGUUAAAGGGAUUUUUGUCAUUGUUGAUUCAUAUGAAACUUAUUAGUUGGAUUAGUUUCAGUGUGGUUUUGUAGCUUAGCUUGUGAUGGUUGAGUUGAGAUGAGACUUCAUAUUGCAUUAUGUAAUUUAUGUUCUGUUCUGUUCUGUUAAUUAUCAAGCCUAACUGAGAAGGAAAAGAUAAAAGGGGUGGGCCUUGGUAAUUGGGCCUACCUAUUUCGUGGAAUUAAGCCAAAAAGAGGGCAGGUCUUAAGCUAAAAAAAUGGGCUCAUUCAAGGCCCUUUAGGGACUCGUGGUACAAAAUUAUUAGUCUCCUAAUAAUUUCAUUUUUCUAUGGACACAAAAAAAAAUAUAUAUAUAUAUAUAUAUAAAUAUAAGCAUGGAGAACUCUUCAGUCUUGGUUGCUAUAAAAAGGGGAGUAAUUAGGAUGGAGAAAAUUGUGGAUCAUCAAAGUAAACCUCCUUCCUAUUCGAAGUAACAAUUACCUAAAUUUCAGCAAAUGCAACGAUGAUCCACACCUCAUGAUAAGCAACGGAUUACUUGCUCUCAUACCAAUGUAUAUAAAUAGGGCAACUCUCAGCUCUCUUAGAGGUCCAAUAUUCAAUACCCACAUUGAUAUAGAACACUAGUUGUCAACAAAUAUUCAUAUAUAUAAGAGAGAGUGAGAGAUGGACAAUUCUCAGAGCAUGAGUUACCAAGCUGGCCAGGCCA